CGAGUUUUUUUUGGGACAAAAGUACAUGUUUUAUUACAAUAAAUAUAAACUAUAAAUAAGUGAGAAUUUUAAGGUUCAAUAAAAGAGGUUUUAAUAAGACAAUGUCGGGCGUUAUUCAAGCUUACCCAGUGGAGAAGGAGUAUGAGAAAAAUCCUGACAUUUCUCGAGAGGACAUUAAGAAGCUGCGAGAAUGGUUGAAGACGCAACCGCAUUUACCAGGAGAAUAUAUAACAGAUUUCGAUCUUGUUUUAAUAUUCUUCUGCUGUGAAAGAAGUGCUGAGGUAUCUAAGCAAGUUCUUGAUCUUCACUAUACGCUCCGAACUCUCUUUACAUCACUAUUUAAGGAUCGAGAAGUGAACAAAACAGUCAUCAAGACAGCGGAAAUGACCCUAUUGGCGCCUCUACCGAUGCCAACAGUUAACGGCUACAGAGCAGUAUACUGUCGGCUGUUGGAUGGUGAUCCCAAGCGUUUUGUAAUUGCAAACAUUAUCCGCGUUUUCAUGAUGAUAUUCGAUCUUUGGCAGUACGAAGAAGGAUCUUGGCCAGGGUUCGUCCUCAUGAUAGAUAUGGAUUUGACAACUAUAGGACACAUUUCUAGACUAGACGUGAUGACUGUUAGACAGAUCCUUUAUUUCCUUCAAGAAUGCAUGUUGGUAAAAUUGAAAGAAGUGCACUUUCUAAAUGCUCCAAGUUUUAUGGAUAAAGUGAUGAUGAUAUUGAGGCCAUUUAUGAAGAAAGCUUUGCUGGAUAUGAUCAAAAUACACGAGGUGGGGGCCGAUACUCUUUACCAGUAUGUACCGAAGAAGUCUUUGCCGAAGGAGUCUGGAGGGGAGUACCAGGAUAGGUUAACUUUAAGAGAUGAAAUUAUCCGUCGCUUGACAGCUAACAAGGAUUUUUUUAAGGACGAAAAUCGACGUCGCGUCAACGAAUCACUGCGACCGGGUGGCAAAGUGAAAACUGUUGAAGAUUUGUUUGGUAUACAGGGUAGCUUUAAAAGGUUAGAUAUAGAUUGAAAUUUCAUGAACAUGUUUUAUUGAAAUUUAACCGUACAUUUAUUUAUUUCAUUCAUAAGUUAUAAUAUUUAGAUUACUGAGACAGAAUAAAGAGAACAA